AAAAAAAUAGUCCCGAGUUUUUUCUUUUCAUAGAUCCGAUUUAUUUUCCACAAAAAAAUAUAUAAUAUUUCUUAUCACCAUUUGAUAUCUAAAGUCAGAAAUAUCAAUCUCUCUCUCGGUGAAUCGAAAUCGAAAUCAUGCAGAUUUUUGUGAAAACCCUAACCGGGAAGACCAUCACACUCGAGGUUGAGAGCAGCGACACCAUCGACAAUGUUAAAGCCAAGAUCCAGGAUAAGGAAGGCAUCCCUCCUGAUCAACAGAGAUUGAUUUUUGCCGGUAAACAAUUGGAAGAUGGUCGAACUCUUGCAGAUUAUAACAUCCAGAAGGAGUCAACGCUUCACCUGGUUUUGAGGCUGAGAGGAGGAACUAUGAUAAAGGUGAAGACUCUUACCGGGAAAGAAAUUGAGAUUGAUAUUGAACCAACUGAUACCAUUGACCGGAUCAAGGAAAGGGUUGAGGAGAAAGAGGGAAUUCCUCCAGUGCAACAAAGUGUUCCAUAGCACUUACAGUUGAUCAUCUUCUGAGAUUGUUCAGAAUAAUAGGUUCGUCAUGUUAUUGUUGACUUUUGUUUCUAUUCCUAUUUGGGAUGUUUUGGCUGCUUCUGCAUUUUAUUUGAACUGGUUGUUUGUCGGUGGGAUUGGACUGGUGUUUUGACGACAGAUGGUACCCAAUAAUUAUUGUUCUGUAUAUAUACAUCUGAAAACUUCAAAAUAAAAUUUGGAUUUGAAUUGGAUUGCUUUCUAGUUUUGAAGUCUUGUAUAGCUCUUAGCUAAUGGGAAUAAUCUUAUUAAGCAGCAUCUGCCGCAUUAUUUUAGAUCUGUUCAUUGCACUCCAGUUAACAUAUUGUUUCAGCACAGGUUGAGUGGUAUGCUUACUAAACAAUUCAGGAAAUGUUUUUCAUUUUAAUGCGUUUUUGGAUAUUUGGUCAUUUUUUAAGUUCUUUAGUUUCUUUCACAUGUAGUACUGGCC